GUGCUCUUCCUGGGGCCCCUCAUCCAGCUCUCCAUGGACUGUCCCUGGCACUGGCUGGACGGCCUCAAGUGUCCCCAACCCGGUGACACUGCCAUCCUCGCGUGUCCCCAACCCGGUGACACUGCCGCGCUCCCCUGUCCCCUGUUCUCCGUGUUCCGGGCCUGCAUGGUACCGGUUCUGCUGCCCUGCACCGGGCCGGCCCGCGCCGUCCUGGCCUGUCCGCUGUUCUUCGGCGUCGCCCAUUUCCACCACGUCAUCGAGCAGCUCCGAUUCCGGCAGGGAUCCGUCGGGAGCAUCUUCAUGGCAGCAGCCUUCCAGUUCUCCUACACCGCCCUGUUCGGCGCCUACACGGCCUUCAUCUUCCUGCGCACAGGUGAGGCCACCGCGCGAU